AUGUCUACUCCAGCUACCGUUCAUGUUUCGGGCAUCUCGCCCGCAACCUCCGAGAAGGAGGUUCGCGACUUCUUCAGCUUCUGUGGCAAGAUUGUCUCUCUGUCUGUCACCCCCGUUUCAUCCGAGGCCGACGCCCACAAGUCCGCGUCAGUGACUUUUGAGAAGGAGGCAGCUGCUAAGACUGCCCUCCUCCUGGACCAAACCCAAUUGGGAACCUCUGCCGUGCACGUCGAAGCCGCCCACAACAUCGACGAUCUUGCCGGCUCCAACACCACCACCGCCGACACCAAGGAAGAUGAGGAUAAUAUCCCUCAGGAGGACAAGCCCCGCUCUCGCAUUGUCGCCGAGUACCUUGCCCACGGCUAUGUCCUGAGUGACAAUGCCAUCACCAAGGCGAUCGCCCUGGACCAGAAGCACGGCUUCACCAACCGCUUCACAUCGGCCCUGAGCAACUUCGACAAGAAGUACAACGCCACCGAGCGUGCCAAGGGCAUUGACCAGAGCUACAAUAUCAGCACCAAGGCCACCAGUGGCUGGCACGGUCUGAGCUCUUACUUCGAGAAGGCGCUUGAGCACCCCACCGGCCAGAAGAUCCGCGAUUUCUACGCCCAGACUGAUAAGCAGGUGCGCGAUAUCCACUCUGAAGCUCGUCGCUUGGCAGACCUCAAGCAGGGCAAGACUGGUGAAUCUGAGGGUUCCGCUGCUGCGGCUGCCACUGAGACCCCUGCUCCUGUUGCUGCUGGUGGUGCUCCCGCCUCUGAGUCUAUUGCCGCUGUUCCUCCCCAGGAGCCCAAGGCUUAG